GAAUAAUGGAGAAAGAAGAAGAGAAGGGAUUUUUCGAUCAGAAAGAGCAUGAGGUGCUCUCAAUUGCGCUCUCAAAUUCUUUUAUAGCACUCGGAACUCCAAACGGCUACAAGAUUUACACUCUGAACCCUAUAAAGCUUAUUAAGGAUAAGGAUAUGGGUGGAGGAAUCAGACAUAUUGGGUUUUACAAUCAAGAUAAAAUCAUAUGGUUCGUCGGUGGCGGUAAUCUACCAGCCGUCCCUGAGAAUGAAUUCAGACUCUGGGAUAAUCACAAUGAUGAAGAGCUAUGAAAAGUCGUAGCUGAAUCGAAGAUUAAUUCUAUUAAGAUUAAGAGUAAUGUGUUAGCAGUAGUUCUUUCUGAGAAGACAGUCUUUCAUAACCUUCCUCUGUCAGAUAAGUAUAAAACUUUUGAAACUGCCACUAAUCCGUAUGGAGUUAUUGCUAUUUCGCCUCUUGAAGGAUUUACAACUGCUGCAUACCUUGGAGAGGAGCCUGGCACCCUCAUCGUAUAUGAUUAUGCAAAAGAAGAGUUGCAAGCAAUGAUUGAAGGAAAUUCAGAUGAGGAAUAUUACAUCACAGCUUUAGAGCUUAACUCAGUCGGGAGCAUUCUCGCAUGAGCUACUUCUGAAGGAUGAACUGUUCAUCUCUAUGACACUAAGGAUGGAACUAAGCUUAGAGAUUAUACCAGAGGAUCAGCUCCAUCUACUAUAAAUUUCAUCAGUUUUCAAUUAGACGACACCAGACUUUUAAUAAGUUCCGAAGCAGGGACGAUUCAUAUCUUCAUGAAUGAUAUUACUCAAGAAGGGCAAGAGGGACAGCCUGUCAAUGAUAUUUCUGUAUUCUCAUUUCUUGGACCUCUGAUCCCAUACUUAGGAAAAAUUGGAAGUUACUGCAAAUUCCGUACUCCUGAGCUUUACAAGAUUGCUAUGAUGCCUAGUGAAGGCUCUUUAAUUGUCUUAUCUUCUACAGGAAAACUUUAUCUCUCAAAUAUUAAUGUAGAGGAAGGUGGAGAGGCAAUUCUAGAUACUAAGAAAACCCUAACAGAUUGACUUUUGGUUCAAAAGAAUAUUUAUCUUCCUAAAAAUAAUUAA